AUCAGUUCCCAUAAAGAGCAGGUGUUGAAGGUUUACUACUUACCUGGAGUACCUGAGAUCUUUCAAAGGAGCUUCCAGAUACAGAUUGCCCACCUGGACCCAGAAAAUAUUACUCUGAGUGGAGAAGGAAUCUUUCCCCGAAUCUGCGUUGAUCUCCCCAGGAACCUCAAAGGAUGUGAGAAGUAUGAAAUCUUCUUAAAUCAGGCCAGAAAAAACCUAGAAAAAAACAAAGAUGAAAUGUUUGACCCCUUAGAGAGACCUGAGGAAGUGCCUGAGGAUGAAUCUUCUGAGCUUUGUGUAUCCACCACCACAAUUAAGAUACAGAAGUGUUCCAUCUCCUUAAAUGCUCAACUCCAGAUGGAAGUAGAGCGCCUUAUAGUCCAAGACUAUGCCACAGAACAUCAGAAAUCAAUUGUCCUUGGUUCCAUGGACAACUUCUGCCAUCGGAGUCACCGCAUUCCGAUCAAAGUCCCGCUGCCAGAAUAUAUCCUAGACUUUGGCUACAUUAUCCUUGGUGACGUCCGAACCCAUAUCAUCAAGAUCACCAACACCAGUCACUUCCCAGUGUCCUUCCAUGCAGAAAAGCGUGUCCUUCACGACACAGGCUUCAGUAUGGAGCUAGAUCGUGUGAAGAAUCUGCCUUACUGUGAAACGGAGACAUUUGAAGUGAGAUUUGAUGCACAAGGGGCCAGUCUUUCUGUUGGAAACAAAAAGGUCAUUCUGCCCAUCAAGGUGGUUGGAGGGCCAACAGUUCACAUCUGUCUCCAAGCCAAGGUGACCAUUCCCAGUAUGACACUGUCUUGUGGAAAAGUGGAGUUUGCCACAAUUCAGUGUGGACAGUGCCUCGUGGAAACUAUUCAGCUUUCCAAUCACCUCCAAGUCCCUUGUGAAUGGUUUAUCCACACCCAUAAGCAAGUUAGCAAGCUGGAGAAACACAUGCCAAAGUACUUAAGACGGAAACUAUGUGCUGAAUUAAAGCCGAAGACACGGAUCUUUGAGAUUCAGCCCACUUCUGGGGUCUUGGAUCCUGGUGAGAGGUCCAACGUGCAAGUGAAAUUCAUGCCCAAAGAAGAGAAAUUCUACAGCCAAACCUUGGUGUUCCAGAUUGCCCAGAGUCCUCACAAGCUUACUCUACUGGCACAGGGGCAAGGUCUAGAGCCAUGCUUGGAAUUUAGUCCCUCAGUUCUGGAGCUGGGGCCACUGCUGCCUUAUGCACCUGGAGAUGAGGCCGAGGUGGUGGUGAAGAAUCCCUGCAACUUUCCCAUUGAGUUUUACUCCUUAGAAUUUGACCAGCAGUAUCUUGUAGAAGAGAAGAUCUUGCGAACGCUGAAGGGCUAUGAUUCCUACAACUCCCUGCUGCUGCCUCCCCGCCUUCCAGGGGAAAAGCUGCCCCCAGAGGUGUAUGAAUACUUUAAGGAGAUGAAGCGGUCAAAAGAGGAGCAGAUGAAGGUGAAAUAUCUGGAGAGUCUGGCGCAGGAGAACGAAGAGGACGAUGGUCCCUUGUCAGAACAGGGAACCUCUGCCAGCACAAAGAGGACCUCGCUUAGCCGAGGGAUCUCUGUCACAUCCAACCUGGAAGAGCAGCGUAUCCCAAUGGUCAAGUCCAAGACCUACCCAGAUGAAGAGGAGGAUGAAGAAAGCCUGGAAAACAUCAUGUUUCAAACUGACAAGAUUCAGAACAUUGACAGCCACUUUGCAGAGGAGGUUGGGGAAGUAGAGAACAACCCAGUGAGCAAGGCCAUUGCUCGCCACCUGGGCAUUGACAUUUCUGCAGAAGGCCAUAUGGCCAAGAACCGGAAAGGCAUCGCCAUCAUCAUCCAUGGGACGCCCUUGUCAGGAAAGUCAGCCACUGCAGUCAGCAUAGCCAAGUACUACAGUGCAGCCUGCCUGAACUUUGACUCCAUCGUGCUGGAAGCCAUCUCCGAUGGCAGCAACAUCGCAGGGAUCCGGGCCCGUGAGCUGUGCAUCAGGGCCGCCAUAGAGCAGUCCAUGAAGGAAGAGGAGUCUGCCCAGGAAGCUGCUGCUUUGAGCCAAAAUGCCGUGGGACAAAUACGACUGAGCAGUGAGACCCUGGGGAAGUUAACUUCAGAAUCCACUCUGGUAACUCCCGAAAUUAAACCUGCCAAGCCCGUGCGUGGGAGCAUUCCCAUCACCAAAGGCAAAGCAGACAGCCACAGCUCUGUGUCUCAGAAGCAGCAUCACCAGCCCUCAUCCGAAACGCCACAGAUGUCCUCCAGCCCUCUUCCCUCGGGACCCGCGCAGCGCCGGCUCAGCCUCAGCGCCAGUAUUGGAGGUGAUACCGGGCUUGUGAGCUGCGUGCUCCCUGAGGAGCUCUUCACUCAGAUCCUGGCCGAGCGUAUUCAGCUGAGUGACUGCUACCGAGGAGUGGUGUUUGACAGCCUGGAGACGCUCUUUGCUCGGAAUGCAGCUGCUGCUCUCCUCUGCCUGUUGAAGGCCAUUGGCACCCGGGAGCAUAUCUAUGUCAUCAACGUGGCCCAAGAUUAUGCAGCCAUGAAGGCACAGGAGAAGGCCAAAAAGGAGCAAGAAGAGCACAAACGCAGGGAAGCGCUUCAGAGAGAGAAGGAGCGUCUGCAAAACAUGGAUGAGGAAGAAUAUGAUGCCUUGACAGAGGAGGAGAAAAUAGUGUUCAAUCGAGAGGUUCAGCAGGCCCUCCGGGAGAGGAAGAGAAGGGAGCUGGAGAGGCUGGCAAAGGAGAUGCAGGAAAAGACGCUGCAGCAGGAGCUUGAGCGGCAGAAGGAAGAAGACGAGCGAAAACGGAGGAACAAAAAGCCAAAGCAGGGGCCCGUAAAGGAGGAGCCGCCCAUGAGGAAAUCCCAGAUACCAAGUCGGCAGAUUCUUACUUUUUCCAAACUAGAGUUGAAGAAUGACGCAAUAGAAAGAAAAGUCUCUGUUCGGGAGCAGGUGGCUGCGGAGAAGGAAGAAUUGAACAAGAAGAAGAAGAACCAGCUGUCAGACAUCAACAUGCUUGGGUUUCCUCUUGCCCAGGAGCAAGAGGACAGCGAAGGGGACUUCUCGAAGGACACUGACAAGAACAUGGCCCAGAAGUUUAAGACCUAUGAGUCGUCUCUGAAGGAUAUCCAGAACAUCCUCACGUACUGGGACCGGCAGCAAGGAGUUCUGCUGCAUCAUACCAGGGCCGAGGAUGUGAGCCAUGAGGACGGAACCGACCAGCGCCAGGUUCCGUCGUCGGUUGGGCGCCGAGGCCGCAAGGACCGGGAGAGAGAGCGCGCAGAGAGGGAGCGCCUGGAGCGGGAGAGGGCCGAGAGGGAGCGGCUAGAGAAGCUCCGCGCGCGCGAGGAGCGCCACGACGGGGCCGAGGGCCGGGAGGAGGACCACGAAGGGAAGAAGGACCUUGGCGUGCCCUUCAUAAGCAUCCAGAUGCCCGACUCCGAAGGCUCGAGCUGGAAGCAGGCCCUGGAGAAUGACAGGCUUCCCAAAGAGGAGCAGAUCCUAGACCUCUUGGGCCUGGGUUCCUCUGGACCACCCAUCCCGCCGCCUGCCUUAUUCUCACUCAUCUCCUACCCUGUGAAGCGGCUGCCUCUGGCCGUGACAGAAAUCCUGAAGCAUUUCGUGUUUGUAACUCCACCGUCCAAAGAGCUCUCCCUGAUGGAGGAGAAAAGAGAAGUGGAAGCAGAAGCAGAGCUUUCAGCCACCCCAGUCUCCUCAAAGACCCAGGAGGAGCAGACCACCUCAUCUAAGGGGAGCAGACAGAAAACUAAAGAAAAAACAGAUCAGACCCGCGAGACUCAGAAGGAGAAACGUCGCAUGGCCUCCAGCAGGAAGGGCCUUUCUGGGGGAACCUCUGGAACCACUGCUCCCCUGUCGGACAUAGAGCAGGACAACUUCUCUGGGCAGCAUCCACAGGAGAAAUUCUCCAGGCUGAACCAUUUCCGGUGGAUCGUACCAGCCAAUGGUGAGGUGACGUUGCGAGUGCACUUCUCUUCCAAUGAUCUUGGGAUCUUUGACCAAACGUUUAACUUUGAGAUACUUGGAACUCACCGCCAAUACCAGCUUUAUUGCCGAGGUGUCUGCACUUACCCAUACAUUUGCCAAGACCCAAAAGUGGUCUUCCCUCAGCAGAAGAAGGACAUGAAGGCAAAUGAGGUCAUCUUUAAGAAGUAUAUUGUGAGCCUGGAGAGGUUUUACUUCGGGCCACUGCUUUGUGGAAAGUCAAGGGAUAAGUACAAGUCAUCCUUGUUCCCAGGAAACAUGGAGACACUGACAAUCCUGAACAGUUCCCCAGUGGUCGUGGAGGUGUCCUUCUGUUUUCAGAAAGAUGUCAAAGCAAACACCUACUUCCUGGAGCCUGUCAACAUGAUUCUGAAACCCGGUGAGAAGCAGAAGCUGAACGUUUGGGCCUACCCUACCGCAGUUGGUGUCUUUGAAGAUAGCAUUGUCUGCUGCAUCAAGGAGAACCCCAAGCCAGCCUUCUUCAAAUUAAGCUGCCAGGGCGUCCGCCCAGAACUGGAGCUGGACCCCAGACAAUUGCAUUUUGACCGGCUCUUGCUACACAGGAAAGACUUCAAGGUAGUUCUUCUCCGCAACAUCACACUACUGCCCCUGGCCUGGAGGAUCACCAGCCUGGAGCACCUGGGCGAAGACUUCACCGUGUCCGCGAUGCAGGGGACCAUAGCCCCCAAGGCUGAGCAUAGCCUACAAGUGCACUUCCAACCCUCCAAACCUAUCAACAUCAAGAAGGCGAUUCGGUUGGAGGUUUUAGACGCAGACAACCUCAUUGGUGUCGUUCAGAUUGAAAACAUCCUGAUCUUUGCAGAGUCCUACGACGUUGCCUUGGACAUCACCUUCCCCAAAGGAGCUGAUGGAGGCCUCGAUUUUGGGAUUGUGAGGGUCAUGGAGGAGGUGAAGCAGCCCCUGCAACUGAAGAACCGUGGGAAAUACGAGGUCAUGUUCAGCUUUUCUGUGGACUCCGUAGGGAUUUCAGCAACCAAUAUAAGUUCCAUGAUCUCAGUCCAACCCAAGAAGGGCUCACUGACCACAACAGAAAAACCCACAAAUGUCCAGGUGCUCUUCCGUGCAAAAAAGGAAGUGAAGAUCGAGCACCAGCCAGUUCUGCGCUGUCAGAUUAUUGAGCCCAGUAUCUCAGAAGGAGGUGAAAUCAUUGCCAGCAUCCCAGUUAAGUUUUCUGUGAAUGCCGUGUUCUCCAAAUACAACAUCAGCCCCUCCUCCAUCAUCAACUUCGGGGCUUUGAUCUGUGGCACGCGUAAAAGCUCCUCCUUCACCAUAGAAAAUCAAGGUGUAAUCGAUUUCAAAUACACCCUUCAUAGGCUGACAGGGGAGAGCUCCCUCCAUCAAAAGAAAGUCGUCAGCCAUGUUAGACAUGCAAGAUCCCAGGAAAGCGAGAGCUUCUACAGGACUGGACCUUCUAAGGCAACCAAGUUCUCUGACUCUGUUCAGAAAGACGUAAAUGUCACAAACCAGGCUCGCUUCACCCACGGCAUGUUCACCGUGUACCCUGGGUUUGGCUCCAUCCCUUCCGGAGGAAUGCAGGUCGUGACCGUUGACUGUGUGGCUGACCCUGUGGGAAGAUGUGAGGAAUUUAUAGCGAUUGAUAUCUCUGACCGAGACCCAAGAGACCAGCCCGCUGGCAUUCCUUACAGCCUGUUGGCCGAAGCCUGUCAGCCAGCUUUCGUGACCGACAACACCACCUUGAUAUUUGAGGAGCACCAACUCUGUAGCAGCGCCAAUCUGUACAGCAUCCUGCAGACCAUAGAGAGUGGGGGGCUGUUUGUGGAAGAUGAGAACAAGUUCAUCUUCUGCAAUGUCCUGGUGGGCCAUCAGGCCAAGGCUCGGUUCAAGAUCUCCAACAUGGGAAAGAUCGCCUGUGACGUGAACAUUGUGGUUAAGCCCGUCUCCAACAAGAUCUUUGCCCGCAUCACUGACAUCUUUGAAGUGGAACCCAGCAAGAUGUGUGUUGCCAGCCGCUCGCAUGCCUUUGCCACGGUGUCCUUCACCCCACAGACCAUGCAGACCUACCAGUGUAUCUUUGAGGCCACCUUGGACGGCUUGCCCAGCAACCUGGCCAAGAGUCGAAGCCUCAUGUUUGAUAUUGUUGGAGAGGGGACCCUCCCUCGAGUGACCGUUGUGCGGCCGAUUCUCUAUAACCAAUAUGGAAACCCCUUGCUCCUCUUUAAGAGGCUUCUGCUUGGUCGUUCAGAGACACUGCCUCUUGUCCUCAAGAACAAUGGCACCAUCCCUGCCAAGUUGCAUGUUGACCUGCAGGACCAACUAGGAGUCUUCUCCUUGAAGGGGAAGCCAUCUACCUCCUACAUCUACAUCAUAGAGGAAAACAAACCACAAGCAAAAGCAAAGAAGGCUCACACAGCCUCCCUGGUUGUUCCUCCUGGAGACACAGCUGAAUUUGAUGUUGUUUUCCACUCCCAGAAGGUUGGGAGAAUGGCAGGCAUCAUCCACUUGUCAGUGAUCCACAACCAGUACGAGGAGACGGUCAUCCACGUGGUGGGAGAGGGCUACGAGGAUGACAUCACCUUGGACAACAUCCGCGGGCUGGUGGCUUCCUCCAGCCAGGAGGCCUCAGAUAUCUCUGAGAUCAUCGAGGAAAACAUGAUGGAAGACUUCGUGGCGGCUGCUCUGGUGAACCACAUCCAGUUUGGGGACUGCCACAUUGGAAACAGCUAUAACGUGAGCUUCACAAUCACUAAUCACAGCCAAGUAAAUGUGAUACGGUUCGAAUGGCCCCUGUUAGCCACAGUUUCUUUCUCCCCACAGGUGGGCCACCUCCACCCUGGCUGUGCCAAGGACAUAGUGGUGACCAUGAAGUCAGACGUGCCCAUCAACCUGAAGAAGAUGGGGAUCAAGUGCAAGCUCUCCAAGAUCAUGUUUCAGCUCCCUGCAGACCAGGUCCCCGACUGGGACGACCGCAUGCGCACGGUCAAGUGGGUGGACGUGCUCAGAAACACGCCUGGGACUUUCACUACAAAACGAAAAGUGAUAGAGACGGAUCCUGAGCCUGCUUACUCAGUACUAGAAGAAAACUACCGAGAACUGCAGCUGCAGAUCAGUGCCCACGUGAAUUUCGCUUCGUACAAGUGCCAGACGAGCGACGUGCGCUUUAAGGAAACGCUGGUUUCCCAGACCCGAGUGUUUGAGUUUGAACUGAUUAAUUCAGGAAAUGUGCAGCUGGAAUUCAGCUGGAUCUCAGAAGAGACGGCAAAGGCUGUCAGCUUUGCAAUGCCAGAUAACCAAGGUUUCUCCCAAAAUGACCAGCUUAGCCAGGCCACGCCGCACACGGGCAGCACCCUGGACAGUGCCAUGGACCAUUGGAACGAAGCUUCCCUGCCACCCUUCUCUGUGGAGCCCGUCUCGGGCAUGGUGCCCGUGGGGAAGACUCAGAAGCUCAAAGUGAAAUUCUCCCCAACGGAGGUUGGAGACUUCGAGAGCAAUCUUUUCUGCCAGAUUCCUAACCUGCCAGCUGGAGAGCAAGGCCCAGUCCUGUCAGCAAAAGGGCGGAGCUCCCUGCCCAUCUGCCAUUUUGACCUGAAAGACUCGGACUACAUCAGCGGUCAUCGGCGCAACCCAGAUCUCCGAGGGCCUAGUGCUGGGGCUCUGGAUCCAAACACCCGGGUGAUUGAGUUCACCAGCGUGGGCAUAGGAGGGAAGAAUCUCCGGACUUUUACAAUACUGAACCCGACCAGUAGCGCCUACUCCUUCUGCUGGGUCUCUGAAGAAAUUGAAAGUCUCCAGAACCCUCCAGCCUUCACAUGCCUUACAGAAAAGGGGCUCAUCCUCCCCGAAAAGAAAGCCAAGAUUAUCUUCCAGUUCACACCUUUCCAUCUGGACAUCUCAGAAGCAUUCUGGACUUUCUUAAUCCCCGAACACAACAUCACAGUCCCUUUCCUGCUGGUAGGCAAAGCCACUGACCCUCUCAUCAAUCUGGACAAGUCACAUCUCAACUUCAGUUGUCUCCUCAUUGGCAGAGAGGCCAGGGAGACCGUGAAGAUCACCAACAAGGAGGAGCAGGAGUUCCAUUUUGCCUUCCAGGACACCUCCCGAUAUUCUGAAGGUUUCAGCAACAGCCUGGUCGUAUGUCCCAUGGAAGGCUGGGUCCCACCACUGUCCAGGUUCCCAAUUGAUAUUUUCUUCACACCGAAGCAGGAAGGAGAAGUGAACUUCAAUUUGAUCUGCAAUGUGAAAAAGAAAGCCCACCCUCUGACCUUAAAUGUCAAGGCUGAGGGCUACUCUAUGAAUGUAGAGGCCAAGUGCAAGGACAGGACUGGCACCAUCACUCUCUUGACUCCCAACCAGACCACCGCUCUCAACUUCUAUGAGGUGGAGCUGAAUGAAUGUGUCCGGUGUGAAUUCAGCUUUAUCAACACCGGAAAGUUCAGCUUCAGCUUCCAGGCAGAGCUAUCCGGCCGCAAGUCCCUGCUGCAGUACCUGGAAUUUUCCCCCAUGGACGGCAGUGUGGAUGUGGGGCAGAGUGCACACGCCUCCCUGUCUUUCCAGCCAUUUAAGAAAUGUGUCUUGAAGGGCCUGGAACUCAAAAUCAAGAUCAGCCACGGUCCAACAUUUCUGUGCAGCAUCUCAGGCUGUGCCGUGAGCCCAGCUGUCCACUUCUCCUUCACCAGCUACAACUUUGGGACCUGCUUCAUCUGCCAAGCUGGGAUGCCCCCAUACAAACAAAUCCUAGUUGUCACCAACAAGGAAGAGACGUCUAUGAGCUUAGAGUGUUUGUACGCCAACACCAGCCACCUCGAGGUGAACUUCCGAGUUGAUGUGGUGAAGCCAGGAGAGACAUUGGAGAUUCCCAUCAUCUUUUAUCCUCGAGAAAGUAUCAAUUAUCGAGAACUCAUCCCCUUUGAAAUCAAUGGGCUCUCACAACAAGUAGUUGAAAUCAAAGGGAAAGGCACUGAAAUGAAGAUUUUAGUCCUCGAUCCAGCCAAUAAGAUUGUGAAGUUAGGAGCUGUCCUGCCUGGACAGGUGGCGAAGAAAACGAUUUCCAUCAUGAACAACAGCCAAGCCCAGCUCACGUUUACCCUGUCUGUCCUGUUCUCGAUUCCAGAACUCCAGGAACCCAAGGUCAUCACCUUGACACCAUUCCGCAACAUCACUCUGAAGCCCAAAGAGGUCCGGAAGCUGGAAGUCAACUUUGCCCCGAAGAAGCGUGUCCCUCCCUUCUCCGAGGAGGUGUUCAUGGAGUGCAUGGGGCUCCUGCGGCCCCUCUUCCUCCUCAGUGGCUGCUGCCAGGCCCUGGAGAUCUCCCUGGACCAGGAACAUCUUCCCUUCGGACCAGUCGUGUGUCAGACACGAGCCACGCGUCGCGUCCUCAUGUUGAACACGGGCGACGUGGGUGCGAGGUUUAAAUGGGAUGCCAAAAAAUUUCAGCCUCAUUUCUCCAUCAGCCCGGAAGAGGGCUACAUCACCGCAGGCAUGGAGGUUUCUUUCGAAGUGACUUACCAUCCUACUGAGGUGGGCAAGGAGAUCCUCCAUAAAAACUUGCUCUGCUUCAUCCAGGGUGGCAGUCCUCUGAGCCUAACCCUGUCUGGAGUCUGCGUGGGACCACCUUCGGUAAAAGAGCUCUCAACUCAAGCAUCUCAUUCUCAGGGAAGGUUGUAUUGA